AUGCGUUCAAGAAACACUGGCAAGCUCGAUGCACAGGGCUUGCUGAUCGACGCGACUGGGCCCAAGCCGGCGUGCGUGCAGAGUUCCCCCGACAAGUCGUUGUCGGCAGUCUCGGAGGACUGCCUGCACCUCAGCAUCUGGACGACGUCGCGCGAGUGCAAUUCUCGCGACUGCGCCAACAAGGCCGUGCUCGUGUUUCUCCAUGAUGGCUUCUUCCAGACGGGCGGCAACAGGCACCCUUUGUACGACGGAAAGUACUUGGCCGCGUACGGUGAUGUCGUCGUCGUGCUGCCCAACUACCGUCUCGGGGCGCUUGGAUUUCUGAACGACGGCACCGGCAAUGCUCCCGGAAACGUGGGCCUGUAUGAUCAGCUUUUGGCUCUCGAAUGGACGCGCCACAACAUCGGCAGCUUCGGCGGCAACGUCUCCAACCUCGUGCUGGUGGGCUACGGCGCGGGUGCAGCGGCUGCCGGGCACCUGCUCCUCAGCAGGGCGGCUGGCGUCGCCGAUGCGGCCGUGGUGCCCCACCGAGCGAUCCUGAUGAGCGGCAGCCCAUUCACCAGAUACCCAGACAACACGAAGUUUAAAGGUCGCCGCGUGGUCGACCAGGCGAAAAGGUUGCGAUGCAUGAAUGGCUCCAGACCAGACAUCAGGUGCCUGCGUGCGAUAGACAAGCGGCUCUUCGCAAAGACGGCCGCUCCACCUCUUUUUUUCCCAUCGUUCACUGGUGUCAUUCCGUCUCCACCACGACAAUGGAUACAGAAAAAGGAGCGCAUAACCGGCGUUGAAAUUCUGCUGGGACACAUGGACGACGAGGGUCCGCUCGCCACGCUGUUCGCUCGCCUGGUCGUCGUACAGCAAGAACGACUUUCUGAAACGAGGAGGGCCGCCAUUACAAUCCUCCAGGCAAUGAACAUAAGCGGCGACACCUUGAAGGCUGUUGUGCAUAAAUACGCGAAGGUUAACCACUUGGAAAUGACGGCCCUUACCAAGCUCCUGGCGGACCUACUGGUGAUAUGCCCCGUCCGUGAUAUGGGCCGGCUGCUUGCCUCGGCCGGCAGCAACCGUGUCUUUCGCUACCUCGUCUCUACAAACACAGAAGCCAAUGCCGUUGCGACCAAAGCAGGCGACAUGUUGCGACUCGUGUUCGGCGCACACUUUCUGAGACCUGUCGAAAUGGCCACUUGGCGCCACGCCAGCGAGGCCAUCAUCGGCUUUUGGACGCAUUUCGCCAGGACAGGGAGCGUCCCCAACUCGACCGAGCCGGGACAGGGUCAAUACAGGAUCACAAUUACUGCAGAACGGGAAACCAGCGUCCUUGACAUCCGGCGGGAGCAGUGCAAACUACUCAGCAGUCUCGGCAUCUGA